AUGUUUUACAUGGAACAAUUCCAUUUAAUAUUCGUUUGCAAUAUUGAUGCAACACUUACACCACUCAAGAGAUUGAACCCAAUUAGGUUACGUGCGAGUAUUGUGGUACACGUGUUUUUCCACGGAAUUGGUUGUGAUGUGCAGUUCCUAACUAAAAAAAGACCAACACUCGGACGUGUUUUUGAUUCCUCGAAAAAACUAAGAUUGCAAACACCUGAAACCGGUAGCAGUUGUCAGUGUUCAAGGUUAAAAUUUUUCAAUGUUAUUGGUGUUCAAGACCGUUUGGCGAUUAUAAAAAACUUCAAUGAAAUGAAAUCGCAUAAUGAGCAGAGCUUGUAUUUAGCAGGUCUUAUUUCGCACGAACCAGUAAAAAGACGUCGCCAAAGAAAAGCUUACGAUGAAGAUGUAAUCUAG